UCUGCUUGUGUCAGAGGACGAGAAGAUGGCAGACGCGGAAGGUCAUGACUUCCCUCAAACAAGCUGCAACAUACGAAGAUCAAUGCAACAGAAUUUACAAAUUUUUGAUUCAAUCCGUGGAAAAGAAGUUAAUAUUCCCUUCUGGGACAUAGUUGUGAUUACUGCUCUUGAUGAAGGUCAAAGAAAUGCCUAUGAUCUUCAACUUAAGUCCAAGCUCGCGCGAGGAGAAUUACCCCUUGGGGUAAAAUAUCAUGUGUUCUAUGACCCGCCCGGGCCGAAAAUCGGUAACGGCGGAUCAGUACUUGUCACUAUUGGUGAUCUUUUAAAGAUUUAUGAAGAGAAGGAGUUGAUGAACUCGAAGAUCAUUAUGUUACCUGCUGGAGGUUAUAGCCAAAGAUUGCCAAACGCAAGUGUUCUGGGAAAAGCAUUCACUGCCCUUCCCAUUGGCGAUCCAACUUACCAAAUGUUAGAACUUCAGCUUGCUAUGUUUAUUGAGUUUCCACGACAUAUGAACCCAGGCAUCUUUGUGGCUGCUUCGGAUAUCCUAGUGGUUUUUAAUAGUGAAGGAGAUUGGUCAUUCACUAAACCAGGCUUCACAGCUUUGGCUCAUCCAUCUCCAAUUCAUAUUGGUACAACACAUGGUGUAUUUGUUCUUAAUGAUCAUGAAAAGUUAGCAUCUGUUCAGGCUGGCUGCCCAAUCACUCAAACAACAUGUAAGAAAUUUCUCCACAAACCAUCAAUGGACAUAAUGAGAAAGCAUGGCAUUGUAUUCCUCUGUGAUGAACAAGAGUAUGUUUACACUGACAGUGUCUUUUUUGUGGACUGGAGAACAGCCAAGAAUCUCUAUGACUUUUCACAGCAGAUCCAACCAAUUGACUGUGAAAUUGAUGCUUAUGGUGAUUUCUUGCAAGCUCUUGGGCCUGAGGCAUCAGCAGAUUACACAAAGAAUGUUGCCAAUGUCACAAAGGAGACUUCCUCUUUGAUUUCAAAGAGGAAGAAGAUUUUUGAGUUCCUGAAAGGAACACAAUUAAAUGUGUUGUUACUUAAUGAAUCCAAGUUCUACCACUUAGGCACCACUAUGGAAUGUAUUCACCAUUUCUGCGACGACAAAGUUUUUAGAUACGAAAGUCACUUUCUCUCAGAAGUAAUGGUGCAAAGAAGUGGUCCCAGUGAGGAGAAAAUCACCACUGAUCAAAGAUGUCUCAUACACUGUUACCAGACUCUGCCAUCAAGUGUGGGACAGAGAACACUGUUGGAAUACUGCAACAUUCAAGCCGAAGCCUCUGUUGGCAAUAACUGCAUUGUCAGUAAUGUAGAGCUUCCUUCAGGGGCUAGCAUCCCUGACAAUACCUUCAUGAUGACCAUCUGUGUUACAGUUGACAAUGUCAGUGGGUUGUAUGUAACUGUUGUCUUUGGUAUUAAAGACAAUGUUAAAAAGAUGGCACCAUCUGAUGAUCUUGCAAAACUGCAGUACUUUGGCUUACCACUUGAUAAAGCAAUGUCACUGUUGGAUUUGGUGCAGGUAGUGAUCUCGUACGUGUUCUCAUAACCAAGUUUGGGGUAGCUCAAAAUGGUUCAAUCCUUUUCCUUAUUAACUCUUUACACCCUAACAUAAGUACGCAUAUUCUCCAUACUAUGUAUUUCCAAGGGUACUGACAAGGAGAAUUUGUUGAACAAUCAAGAGCUUUUUUAAUUGGUGAUCAUUUCCUCUAUUCUCUAAACCUAAAUGUGUGAUUCAGGGGUGAUGUUGUAAGGAGAAGUUAUAUGCUGGUCACUCUGAGGGGC